AUGUCUUCACGAGACAACUACACUUUCGAAAAUCAGUCGUCGAUCCCCGCCAACCUGGGCCCCAAACUCACGGCCUUUUUCAAGGCCUGGGACGAUGAACGGCCGGAAAAGGACGAGUACCUGAGGCUUUUCGCUCCCAAUGGGAAACUCAUCUUCGGCUCAACGCCAGCUACCGGGCAUGAUGCGAUUCGUGCAAUGAAGACAUCCAUGGUCCAUCCAGCUAAUGGCCCGGUUGUGAAACUUCAGCAUACACUUGGAAAAUGUUUUGCCGUUGCAGGCGGUAGCAACAGUGGCCGCCAGGAGAUCAUCGUCAAUGGAUCAGUCUGGUAUGAGCUGAAGAAUGGGCGAAGAGUUGAUGCAGACUUCGCCAGCUGGAUAGUUUUCGCGGACAACGGGGAAGGAGAGCUCCAAGCUGAGUACUACCAGGUGUAUACGGAUACGCUGGGAUUGACGACGGCCAUCCUGGAGAUGAGCAAGGCGCCGGCUUAA